AAAAAAUUUAAAAGGUCAAAAAAAGAUAUAUGUUUUGAUAUGCAUCAGUACUCAGCAGUAGCGUAUAGUUGCCGCUAUUAUAUGCCUUGUAUAAAGCGGUUGGUAGCCUUCACUUCUCUCGUCUCUCAUCAUCAUCCCCGUCCUUGCCUAUCAACUCUCCCUUUGUCUUCUAAUUUUCAUUUUCCAUCCAAUCUCAACUGUCUCCUCACGGGUAACUCUUUCUUUUACCGGAUGGAGCGAUUCUGGAGUGGUAGUAACAUCAACAAGAAUAAAGCCAUGGUAGAGCAUCUCCAGCGUUAUGGAGUCAUUACAUCAAAGAAGACAGCUGAAGUAAUGGAAACUAUUGAUAGGGCUCUAUUUGUGCCAGAUGGGACUCCACCUUAUGUUGAUAGCCCAAUGGCUAUAGGUUACAAUGCAACCAUUUCCGCACCUCAUAUGCAUGCAAUGUGCCUUCAAUUAUUGGAGGAGAACUUGAAACCUGGCAUGCAUGCUUUAGAUGUUGGUUCAGGAACUGGGUACUUGACAGCAUGCUUUGCAGUUAUGGUUGGACCACAUGGGCGUGCAGUAGGUGUGGAGCACAUCCCUGAGUUGGUGAAUUUCUCUAUCAAGAAUAUUGAAAAAAGUGCAGCGGCUCCAUUACUGAAAGAAGGUUCUCUCUCAGUGCAUGUUGGUGAUGGAAGACAAGGCUGGCCAGAGUUUGCACCAUAUGAUGCUAUUCACGUUGGAGCGGCAGCAUCAGAAAUCCCACAACCACUUAUUGACCAGUUGAAGCCUGGUGGCAGAAUGGUAAUUCCAGUUGGAAAUAUAUUUCAGGAUCUGAAGGUAAUAGACAAAAACUCAGAUGGUUCAAUUAGUGUUCGGAGUGAAACUUCUGUUCGUUAUGUUCCUCUGACCAGUCGUGAUGCCCAGUUGCGAGGUAAUUAAGGUGGUUUGCUCUUGACAUUAAGAUAGCUGGCAAGUAUCUGGCCAAAUCAAAGGAACAGUUUCAUCUGUCAGGAUCAAUUAGAUCCGAGAGUCCUGUAUGUAAUGCAACUUUUAAAGUUUUCAUGAAGCUGUUUUGGCUUGUACAUGUUCAUACUUGUCAUAAGCUUGUUGAACCUGUAAGACAAUAAAAUACUACUUCCAUGAUAGUGGUAAAAACUAAAGUGUGUUUUCGUCUUGAUUCUUAACAAAAAUAUGCAGCCUUUCCCAAAA